AUGAUAAGGAAAAUUUUUGGUGUAUUAAAUAAUCAAUAUCUUGAUGAUGAAGGUCAUUUAAAAGUUUUUAAAGCAGCAUGUCGUCUUGGUGAACAUAUCUGUACUGAUAUUAUUGUUCAUCAUCAAAAUCGUCAAGAAUUAUUAUUAAAAUUUUGGUCAACGGUCGGUAUAGCAAAUCCUGAAUUAAUUAAACCUGAAAUACAAACAAAUUUAUUGAAGAUGAUCAUCUCAAUUUUUCAAGAAAAGAUAUUCUUCUUAUCAGAAAAACAUCUCGUUCAUGCGAUUUUAUUAAGAACAGCACUUGAUGCACAAAUGUAUAAAACAACAAUUAAAAAUUACGUUCAUCUCCUUCUCGAUGGUUUUUCUUAUGAAAAACAACAAGAUGAUUCAGUUAUAAUAAAAUUAAAACAUGACUUAAAAACGUAUGAGAAUCUUCGUCGUAUCUACGAUUCACAAAUUAUUCAUCGAUUAAUAAACGCAGCACCAGCUGAACUAAAUGGACGUUCAACUGCUGCUGCUGCUGAAACUGAAAUUUAA